GAGUUGAUGCUUUUCUCCAAAAAGAAAUAAGUUGAUGUUUCAUCUUUCAUAGGUAGAGCCAACUAAUCGAACUCGAGUCCUUCGGAAUUGAUCACAGACAACUCCUCCUCGACUUCGUUCAGUGUUAUUCUUCCUUGUUGGAUGACACCUCUCUCUACGGAAUGGUUCACAUGUGGGUGGGGCUCCUCAUCAUGAUGCCAUGGUUGAGGAAGAUGCCAGUUGCAGGAAAAGCAGCACCUUCCCACAUGCAGCUGGCCAAGAGCAAGCUGCUGUUCUUGGUGUCCCACCGGACUUAUCCUCCUCACAUCUCAAUGAUUCAGCAAAGCAAUCAUUCAGCCACUUUAUACUGCGCGCCGCCUGGCAUCUCACUUACAUCUACCAUAUCGGACAUGGAUUUGCUUGAUAUAUUUCUCGAUCAUUGAAUCCAGAGGCUGGCACUAAGAAAUAGAAAGCAUGGUUCAUUGGUCAGCUGUUUGUGGUCUUCCUCCCGCGAGCAGAGUGUUGGAGAUCCUGCAAAGAAGGAUGUAGAGUAUAGCUCAAUUUGAUUCUGCUUUGACCCUUACUGCAAACCACGUUAGUGCAACAAUGGACCUCACUUCGCAGCUUCUCCUGCAGCAGUUGAGAGAGAGAGAGAGAGAGAGAGAGAAGACAUGAAGCUUAUUAUAAGAGGCAGUAAGCCGUAGCACAACUUUGCUCACCAACUCCAGCGCUAAGAAUGAGGCUCUCAAUCUUCUUCUUCCUUCUCCUUUUCCCUUGCUUCCACCUCUCCGGUUCUCAGAGCUACAACGCAAUAUUUAGCUUCGGCGACUCGCUCUCCGACACCGGCAACGUCGUCGUCGCCGGACUGCCUUACGGCAUGAGCUUCUUCGGCCGGCCCACCGGCCGUUGCUCCAACGGACGCCUAGUCAUAGAUUUCAUCGCCGAGGCACUUGGGCUGCCGCUGCUUCCACCAUCCACCGCGAAGGGCAAAAGCUUCCUUCAAGGCGCCAACUUUGCUUGCACUGCCGCCACCACACUCGGCUUCCGCUUCUUCCACCGGCGAGGACUCAGCAGCGGUCUAUGGGUCAACGCCUCCCUGAGCACCCAAAUAAGGUCGUUCGAGAAGAUGAUGCCUUCUCUCUGCAACUCUUCUCAAGAAUGCAAGGAGUACUUGAGCAAAUCCCUCUUCGUGGUCGGAGAGUUUGGUGGGAACGACUAUAACACUCCCAUCUUUGCCGGCAGGAGCUUGAAACAAGUGUAUACUUUCGUGCCCAAAGUCAUCCACGCAAUCCAUUCCGGUGUUGAGUGGUUGAUCGGCCAUGGGGCGACUGAGAUCGUGGUGCCGGGAAUGCUACCGAUCGGGUGCUUCCCCAUGUUCUUAACCUUGUACAGUACAUCGAACACAAACGAUUACACCGACAUCGGAUGCUUGAACAAGUUCAAUGACUUGACAUCCUACCACAACUCUUUGCUGCGCCGGCGACUGCGCGGGCUGCAGCGGAGGUACUCAUGGACGAGGAUCAGAUACGCCGACUUCUUCGACCCCACGAUUCGGUUCAUUACCAGUCCGACACAGUACGAUCUGCGAAAUGUUGCAGGAUUCAGUGAUGACGGAGCUCUAAAGGCGUGCUGUGGAGCAGGUGGGAGAGGAGACUAUAAUGUGAAUCUGGAGGCCAAGUGUGCCGAGCCAGGCUCGGAUGUGUGCUCAGAUCCAUCAAUGUACGUGAGCUGGGAUGGGAUUCACUUGACUGAAGCGGCUUAUCGCCUCAUAGCCAAUGGUUGGCUCAAAGGUCCCUAUGCAAAUCCACCAAUCCUGCAACAAAACUAGAGCUACUGUGGUGCAUGUUAUUGGCCACAGUUCCACCACCAAAUCCACGUCAAUAGCUUAGCUUUGGAUCCAUGUGUUCUUUCAAUGUCUGUGUAUCAUCCAUUCAAUGGUUACUAAUAAGUGUGUUCUUUUGCA